AAAGCAGCAUUUCUAGCCGCUGCAAUCGAUAAUUCCUUUAUACAUUUCCGACAUUUUUCAACGACUUGUGCGGAAUUUUCUUCUAGAAUAUUUAUUUAUAAAUCGCUGAAAGCAGAAUUUAGCUGCAGAGAAUAGCGGAAAUUAAUUUUCAUAAUUGGCUUCACCUUACGUCGUAAGCAAAGAUUCCACAGUUUUGUGGCUGAUAUUCGUUGUCAAGUACAGCAAAAACUUAAUACCUGGUUAUCUUGAUUAGUAAAAGUUGCUUGAAAUGGCUAAUAAUAAUUACGCUGGGUUCAGUUAUGGAGGCACUCAAUAUGGUGCAUCCGGUGCAGGCUACAAUCCAGGGCAAGUAUCUUAUCCUGCCGUAACUAAUGCAACUUAUGCAAAUGCUGCAGCAUAUCAAUCAGCUGCAGCUGCUGGUCAGAGUGGUUAUGCAGCUGCAGGCGCUUCUGGGCCAGGCGGCUAUGCAGCUUAUGGCGAUUACGGUCGCACUAUGCCUGCAUAUGACGCCUCAAAAACAUUUUAUCAACAAGCGUCGGCCAGCUACAACACUGCACCAGCGGCUACAGUUAGUAAAACGCAUUAUUCAGCUCCACCUGUCAAAAAUAUCAAUGCUGGCACAAAAGCAGCCGGAGCAAAGGAUAAAGCAAAUGGAGCUGCCAAAGCAGCGGCAACUCCCGCGGCUACCUCUGCUACCGCUGUAAAUGCCUACAGCAAUUACGAGUCUGCACUAUAUAGUGCCGCUUCAAUGUAUGUUGCUCAACAGCAGCAUCAACCCGGAGCUAUUAAGCCGAACGGUAAUGGAGCUCCAAACCCGGGUUGGCAGUAUCGAGCACAAAAAGGUGCUGCUGCUGGCGGUGCAAAUGCAGCACGUCCACGAACUAAACCUGCCCCACGUCCGCAACAGCUACACUACUGUGAAGUAUGUAAGAUUUCAUGUGCAGGACCACAAACUUAUCGUGAGCAUUUGGAGGGCCAGAAACAUAAAAAAAGAGAAGCAUCUUUGAAAAUGCAAGCUACGGCUCAAUCGGCUACUCAAAACCGUGGUAACAAUUAUCACUGUGAGUUAUGUGAUGUUACAUGCACUGGGACAGAUGCUUAUGCAGCUCAUGUUCGUGGCGCAAAACAUCAAAAGGUCGUUAAACUGCACCAAAAGCUUGGCAAACCGAUACCACCCGAUGAACCUAAAAAAUUGUCAAAAAUAAAUUUCGUGCCGGCUAGUGGUUCAACUGAAAAUCCGGAGAACACCGAAGGAGAAACUACUAGUGCUAAUGAAAACGAAAAUCAAGAUGAUAAUGCUGUAGCUGGGGAAAACACUGACAAUAUUAAACCAGUCGGGGGCGAGUAUAUCGAGGAAAUCAAGGAUGAUGAGGGCAAGAUUCUUAGUUUCAAUUGUAAGCUGUGUGAUUGUAAAUUCAAUGAUCCUAACGCAAAAGAAAUGCACAUGAAGGGACGUCGACAUCGCCUUCAGUAUAAGCGAAAAGUGCAACCCGAUUUGGUUGUAGACUUCAAACCGACUCCACGGCAGCGACGUCUCGCUGAGGCACGCGCUCAACGUGCUCUAAUGCAAUCACAUCGUGGAGGCAAUGUAGGUUUUGGGGAUGAGCACGAAAACAGUGGAGGUAUGUAUUGGGAUGAACAACGUCGCCGCGCCCAGUACGACGACGAGUACGAUUACAGUAAUUGGUUGGCACGCAGCUUUGCAGGCGCACAACGUGGUUUUGGUGGCCGCAUGGGAAAUGGGCCGCCACCAUUCUUUGGCAUGAUGCCGGGUGGCGGUGGAAAUAUUCGCCGUCCUGAGAGCACUGAUGAUCGUCAUGCUAUUGCACGUCACGCUGAGAUAUACCCCAAAGAGGAAGAGUUGCAAACAAUUCAACGCAUUGUUUCGCAUACUGAACGUGCUCUAAAAUUCGUCUCAGAUAAACUCGCUGAGAAUCCAGAUGAAAAGGGACCGGCCAAUAAAAAAGAAAAGCAAGAGAGUGCUCAAGUAAAGGAUGGUCGCGAUAACCAAAUGUUGUCAUUCCAAAAAGAGGCUGACAGUGGCAAUGUACGCAUUCUGAAGGGCGUUAUGCGCGUCGGAUUUUUAGCCAAAGGUCUUUUGUUGCAAGGUGACAACGCCGUAGAGCUAGUAGUUUUAUGUUCGGAAAAGCCAACUGUUGGACUACUAAAGCGCGUCGCCACUGAAUUACCAGCUAAAUUAAAGGAGGUAGCAGGCGAGAACCCGGUCGAUUAUGUCGUCGAAGUUGUAGCUCAAGAGUCCGCCGUCAUUGUGCGAGACGACGUAGUAUCCGUCAAGAUAUCGCUUACUUCACCACUAUUGCGUGAGGCUUCACAAGAUGGUAAAAAUGAUGCUGCUAAUACCAAUGGGGGCACUGGUGAUGUUGCACUUUUACCACGUGAACCGUGCUUAAGGGCUUUGGCUGAAUUGCGUCACGCUAAAUGGUUCCAAGCACGCGCCACUGGUCUACAAUCAUGUGUAAUGGUUAUACGCAUUUUGCGUGAUCUCUGUCAGCGUAUCCAGUCAUGGCAGGCCUUACCCCAAUGGUCUCUAGAGUUGUUAGUAGAGAAAGUGAUCUCGUCGGCCGGUUUCCCUAUAUCACCAGGUGAUUGCCUACGUCGUAUAAUGGAAGCACUGGCUUCUGGUUUUCUUAUAAACGGUCCUGGUCUAUUGGAUCCAUGCGAAAAGGAGGCACAGGAUGCUUUGCACGAUUUGACCAAGCAACAGCGUGAAGAUCUAACUGUGUCAGCGCAAUUAUUCUUGCGUUAUAUUGCAUUCAGGCAAAUUUAUAAGGUACUUGGCAUGGAUCAGCUGCCGGCAUUGAAGUUUCCCAUACGACCAUGGCGCUUAAAUCGUAAGCGUCGUCGUUCAUCGGGCAAAGGUGGCCCAGGUGGUGAAGCUGAUGCUGGCGAAGGCGAAGAAAGCUGUACAGACGAAAAAGUAUCUAAAAAAGAUGUGGCAGCCUAAGUCUAUUCGACCAUUGCGGAAAUCGUUUAGUAUAGCGUUCAAUAUAUGUAGUUUUAGAUUUCAAAACAAAAAACUUCUCUCAAUAAAAAUAUAUUGUAUUAAUGUUUUAAAAAGUGGACACUUUGGAAACCAGCCUAUCCAUCCACACAAAAUAAUAUGAAAACAAUCUGGUUAGAACUAAUAUAAAGCAACGGGCGUUUGCAAAAAAAAUUUAUGUAAACACUAAGAUUCAGAUCAUAUAAUAAUAUAUUAUUAUAAAUUA